AUUGCCAUGUGUAAAGCGAAGUUCCACGUAUGACCAACUGGCAGGCCAGUGUAGCGCUUUAUUUCGUGUUUAGUUUGGUUAAUCGUCGGUUUGGCUGUAGUUGGCAGAAAACAGUAGCUCCAAGAACACUAGCAAAUAAUCAGAGAAAAUGAAGAGUUUCUUCCUCCUCGCACUUCUGGUCCUUCCGGCCGUUAUUUUCACCUUCGACAAUGGAAAUCGCAUGUUAUCCUAUGCUGAAGAAGAUCCCCUAGAAGAUGAGGCUGACGUUGAAGGAGAAGCUGAUAUUGAAGUUGGUGGCACCGAAGAAGAUGAUGACGAUGCGAAGACGUUAGCGUCGCCCGAUGCCGAAACGAAUCUGCUAUUUGUGAAACCCAUCGUCGCUGGCGGCUCUCAAAUGGAAUUGCCAGCUGGUGUCCCAGUCGAAUUCCUUGUCGGUUUCCGCAACAAGGGCAACCAAGAUUUCGUCGUCGACACCGUCGAAGCCUCCUUCCGUUACCCCAUGGACUUCAACUUCUACAUCCAGAACUUCUCCGCCAUCCGUUACAACAGAGAAGUUUCUCCCUCCCAGGAAGCCACUCUCGCUUACAGUUUCGUCCCAUCCGAAGCGUUCGCCGGACGUCCCUUCGGACUCAACAUCAACUUGAACUACCGCGACGCCUCCGGAGCCUCCUUCCAGGAAGCCGUCUACAACGAAACCGUGCAAAUCGUCGAAUUGGAAGAAGGUUUGGAUGGUGAGACUUUCUUCUUGUACUUGUUCUUGGCUGCCGGAGUCGUCCUUCUCUUGGUCAUCGGUCAACAGACCCUCCUGUCCGUCGGUCGCAAGCACAAGCCAGCCCGCAAGGCCCCAGUCGAGACCGGCACCAGCAACCCCAACAACGUCGACUACGAUUGGUUGCCCAAGCAGACUUUGGCCCUGCAGACCACCCCGAAACCGAGCAAGUCCAAGUCUCCCAAGCAGAGUCCAAGGCAACGCAAGGCCCAGCGCUCCGACUAGUGAUAGUGAAUGACUAUUUUUACACUAUUAUUAAUUUUUUUUAUAUUUUUUUUGAAAUUUAAAAGAAGAAACAAAUAAUUAUUUAUUCAUCCGUCAAAGCAAUGAUCCAUCUUCCAUCGUCGCUAGGUUUAUAAUUUAAAAAUAAUUGAAAAACGAAAGCUCAAAGACGUUCGUUGUUAGAAAGGACUUUGAUAUAUAUAUCACUUAUACAUUGUGAUCAUAAUUGUUAUAACUCAUUUUUAUUUUUGUUCUUUAAAAAGAUUGUUUUCUUUUUUUUUUUGUUUUUUUUGUAUUAAACUUAUGAAAAUGGGGACUAUGUUUAAGUGUACAUAAGAAUAAUAAUUCUUUUUUUGUCAAUUCCUACAAUACUUAUGCGAAACGAAUAAAAAACAACGGUAUGUGUUCGUUCUUUUCUAAA